AAGAAAAAGUGCAGUUAAGUGAAGUAUACCGAUAUGUGGCCCAACUUUUUCGGCGUUAUUUCGCUGCUUUGCCUUGCAUUAUUCUGUGCCUGGGCGCAAGCUGGACCAGUGCCAAUUGUGAAUGAGCAUCAACAGCUCAUGCCCAAGGUGCCCCAAUGGCAUUGUUUGCGUUACUUUAAGCACGACGUUCUGAUGAUGCGUCGCUGUCGACAUUUGCGUGUUCCCACGGCGCCACGCCUUGGAGAGACGCUCAUACGCAAGAAGAAGAAAUAGAGAGUGUGACGAUCAGGUGACGAGUUGAGCCAAGAGCAACAACAUCAACAAUCACAGCAGCAAGAAAAACAUGAAUUGCACCCGACUGAACAACAAGACGAAUUCCAAUUACAAAUAGAAUUUUAACAGGAUUUAUAACAAGACCAAAAAACCAAACCAAAAA